AUGCUCAACAAGAGACUGUGCCUCGAAUCCAUCAUGAGAUGGACGACACCGCAUGAUCAACAAUGCUUCCCAAAUGCCGGCCAGUCUGCAGGUCUGCAGGCUUGCAGUCAACAGUCUUCACCAACCGCGGGUCGGUGUGGGCGCAGCUUGGUCACUGGCACCAGGGGGGGUGAGAGAUCACCGCUCGCAAACCGGCCCUCAUUCGUCCUCUCCGCCCAGGUUGGGGCGUGGUGGCCCGGCCUCGUCUUUCCCGCCGCUGCACCGCCGCGGCUGAAAGCUCAGUCGGCCGGAGGAGACAGCGCAGGGCCCUGGGCCACGGAUACGACCAACGGGAACGGGGCGCGGGCAAGCAGGACAUGCCGGCGUAAUUGA